CCGGCCUAUUUCUUUCCAGCCCUCCAGUCGGCCGAGCAGCCACGCCCCGUCGGAAGUGACCACGCCCACCGGCGCCAAGGAUCCAAUCGCCGCGAUCGCGGACCGCCUAUCGGUGAACAACAAUGUCAAAGGCACGCCCAACGGAGGCGGAGUCACGCCCCCCUCUUCGCUACAGCAGAUGCAGACACCGCCCGCGUCGCCGCAACAGCCGGCGCAGUCGAAGAGGUUGCUGCAGGAAAUACUGGAUAGGCCAGGUCCCUAUCCAAUGAUCGCAGUGCCCCACAAAGGUGGAUAUUGGGUAGACGGGACUGAUCAUGAGGAACAGAUGGACCAUAGGGGCUUGCCCAUCAUUCCUCACCCCACGUGGCGGGCCAAAAUCGAAACGGAUGAUACUGCGAAGUGUUAUAGGAGAUUCUUCGUUGGAAGGAACAACAAGAAUCGGUACAUUUCUACAGGAGCAUUCGACCCUUAUAGGCCACGAUGAACACCUAGGACCGGUGCUGUUGUCGAUAAAGACAGAAAAUGUAGCGAAUCAGGAACACACACGGAUCCUUCUACGGCUAAGGACAGGAACCAUGCAUGAAAUAGUACCUUCAUCUUGUCUAGGGCCAAACCCGAGCCCAGCAAAGAUGGCCAAGCUAUUGAACGAACAGUUGAACGUGGACAAUUUCUCACCGGUGCUCCACCCCAAAGCCUCGCAGCUCAUAGCCAACUACGACGAACACGUGCUGGUGUCCUACUUCAAAUUCGGAGUCCUGCAUCAGAGAAUCGGGCAGACGGAUGAGGAGGAGCUGUUCUGCAACAACGUUACCACUCCGGCUUUCGACGAAUUUUUGAAUUUGCUGGGCCGGAGGAUACAACUCAGAGACCACAAAGGUUACCGAGGAGGUUUGGACAUCCAAAACGGCCAUACGGGCGACACGGCGGUGUACGAGGUGUUCAAAGAACGCGAAAUCAUGUUCCACGUGUCCACGUUGCUGCCGUACACUGAAAACGACCCCCAACAGUUGCAGAGGAAGAGGCAUAUCGGAAACGAUAUCGUCGCUAUAGUGUUCCAAGAGGAGAACACACCGUUUACGCCUGACAUGAUCGCGUCGCAUUUUUUGCAUACGUUCAUUGUGGUGCAACCGAUUGAGCCCAACACACCAAACACAAGGUACAAAGUGAGCGUGACAGCUAGAGACGACGUCCCGUUCUUCGGUCCAACGUUGCCUACACCAGCGAUCUUCAGAAAGGGGGCGGAUUUCAAGGAGUUCCUCCUGACCAAGUUGAUCAACGCCGAGAACGCGUGUUACAAGGCGGACAAGUUCGCGAAGCUCGAGUUGAGGACGAGGAGUAGCUUGUUGCAGACGCUGGUGGAUGAUCUCAAAGUGAAGACGGCGGAGUUUUUGGGAGGAAACGGGAAUUUGCCGACGCCUGGGACGCCGAAGAGUGAUUCGGGACCUGGGAGCAGGUUUAUUGAUACGGUGAAGAAAGCUUGGAGUGCACGUGUGAAGACGAGCCAGAGUGUGGAUAACAAUUUAGGAGUGAAUAACCAUGAUAGGUUAUCGAAGAAAGGAAGUCAACCUACGAUAUCGGAAUCGACACCAUCGAGCGGCCGUUCGACCUCGAAGAGCUCAAUCCACACCCUGUCCUCCGCCUCAGCCGCCUCGAAGAAGAGCGUCGGCAAUGCGAGCGUGUGCAGCAGCAACAGCGGCACCGGAGGCGCCAUCAACUGCGCCGGGGGCGGCGACCGCAGUCUGGGCGGCAACAGCAGCAACGGGGGCGGCGACUCAUCGACCGCUUCCUCGUCGCCCGAUCUCACAGCGCACGCGCACAGGUCGCCGAGGCCCGCGCUGUCCGAGGCGGGCAGCGAUGACAGUUCGCUGACUAGCGAGGAUCUGGAGGAGCAUCUGGCCGGAGGAUACAUUGACAGUGACACCGGCCUAGAGAGCAUGAGCAGCGCAGAAACGGCUGCUAACGUCAACAAGGCAUCCUGCACGGUCUGUCAACAGCAGCAGCAACAGGUGUCUGUCGCGACAGUGGCGCAGCAAGAAAGGCCUUGCAGCAGGGAGAACGGCCCGACUCCGGAACAGCUGAUGCACGAGGUCACCAGGUUGAAGUGCGAUAAGUUGGAUCUGCUCAGGCAGAAUGUGAACUGUCAACGUGACAUAAAAAGGCUAAGGGAAAAGGAACUCGGUCUGCAAAGCGACUUGGCCGUCGCUACGAAGGAAAUCAUCAGGCUAAGGGAACUGUUAAAAGAUUAUACCCCCACUGGUGACAGAUCUCCAGUUUAGAAUACAUACAUGUAACUUCAAAAUUAAAAUUAUAACUUGAGAUAAUCAGUAGGUCGAAUCGGUUAUAAAAAGCUUAUUUAAGGACUACAAAACGUUCAUUUCAUGCAUCCGUUAAAACGGUAAUAAUUAUGAAAAACCAGUCAGUAAUUUCAGCUUCACUUCAAAUUUUCUUUUCAAAUCGCCCGUAAAUAACAAAGCUACUAGAUUCCCUUGUUGUGUUUGAGUUUCAAAAAUUUUUUAGUUACGAAACAUUCUUUGUCUAGAAUAAACGAUUUUGUUUAUUAGUUUGACGUUAGUAAUUAUCGUUUUAAUAUUUAAAACUCAUAAUUGCUAUUUUGUGGAACUAUCACUUGAGAAAUCUGACACAUCAACGUUUACCUUUUUUUAAUUAAUUCGGACAAAAAUCCUCGUUCUGUAAAAUCAAAAUAGCCUGUUGCACGAGUUAUGAAUAUUCAAAAUUAAAUACAAAUCUUAAUAGAUAUUAUUAUUGUCAUGGAAUUAAAAUCGAGUCUCAAUCAUCAAUGAUUUAUGAUCUUAUUUUAUGUGGAAAAUAAUACCUUAUUAGAUUUGGUUAAACAGUUCAAGUGAUUUUUCCAGACAUUCACGUUUUCUUUUAUAAGCGCCUCUUCUGAAUUUGAAAAAUGUCGAUUAUCAACAUCACAUGAUAUGUCUCAAAAAGUGGACACGUUUUUCGUUUUCUUGUGAUAUUGUUUCUUAAAGAAUAUAUAAACAUUGCGAGAAUUAUAUGUUUUAGUUGCUUAGAUAUUUAUUGAUAGUACAGGAAUCUUCUAAAUUAUGGCUAAGAGUAAAAAAAAAAUGCGGAGCUUCUCACAAGUUCCAUGCUCUUGGUAUAAUUUUGGUACUUCCUGUAUACAUCUCUCUGUAUUAUAUUAGAUGUAUGGUUAGAAAACACAAAACCUUUACCAACAUAAUUAUACCAAAGGUAACAUUCCCCAAAAAUGUCUGUUUUUUUUUUCAAUGAAUAUAUGAAUUUAUUUACUCUGUAUGUGUACAUAACAAACAAAAAAGUAUUUAAUAGCCUUUAAGUUUAUUAUUGCGAUUUUUUCUCAUUGUAUUUAUAUAUACGUAUAUAGGCGAUUACCUAUAUAUAGUUGUGCAGAUAUUUAGUAUUAUCGGUAAGAGAUUGUUAUUUUUUACUUUUGUUCGUGUACAGGGUGAGUCACUUAUCAAAAGUUUUCUACUGUUUCUCCUAAAAAAAGCUUUUUCUUCAAAUGUCUCUUGAGGUGUACAUACAUCUAUGUAUAUCAGUUUCUAUCUGACAUUUGACAAAAUAUUGCUUCUUAUAAUAUUGAAGUAUGAAUAUAUACAGGGUAUUCAAUAACUUUCCGGCACCUCCCCUUUUUACCGAAAAUUCUACUCAAACACAAAAAAAAGGGUCAAGAAAAACGCUACAGGGUUUUAGGAAAACAAUCUAAUGGUGACCUUGACACCGACCUUGAAAAUAACCUUCAGAAUCAUUUAAUAAUAAUUUUGAAAAUAUCGUUUUCGUGGACUUUCCUCUAGAAUUGAUAGUUUUCAGAAUAUAAUCAAUUCAAUAUUUGACAAGCAAAAAAAACGUAAUUUUCUAUCCAAAAAACAAUAUGAAAAGCGAUAAUCUUAAUGUUGCCUAAAUAUUCUUCAAACAUUCGUUAACAAACUCCCGAAACAUUUAAGUUUUUUUCUGUUAAUGAAGUCUUUGUUUUUUAAUUUACGUACCUUACUGCUUAAGUUCCAAUUAAAAAACAAAGGUUUGCGUUGAAAAUUCCUCCUAAAUUGUUUUGAAGAAUCUCUAGGAACUUCGGCAACAUUAAAAUUUUCGUGUUUUAUAGUGUUUUUUCGGGGUUGAAAGUACCGCAUUUUGCAUUCUGCAAAUAUUGAAUUCUUAUGUCUCAAAAAUUAUAAACCUUUAAAAAGUUUAUAAGAACGUUUUUUAUUCGGAAUGGCUCAACAAAUUAAAGAAAACUUUGCCCGGAGCGAAAAAAACAAUUUUGGAAAUUUAUUUAAAAAUAUCGUUUUUGUGGACUUUUUUCUAAUGAUGAUGAUGAUUCCAAAAACAGUAUCGAAAAACGAUAAUGUAGUGUUGCCAAAGUUCCUUAAUAUUCUUCAAACAUUCGUUAACAGAAUCCCGAAGUAUUUUACGGAGUAUUGUUAUUGCAAACUUUUGUUUUUUAUUAUUCGUAUCUUGUUGCUUAAUUAACGAUUAAAAAACCAAGAUUUGCAUUAAAUAUUCCUCCUAAAUUGUAUUCGAAGAAUAUUUAGAAACUUCGGCAACAUUAAAAUUUUCGUUUUUUAUAGUGUUUUUUCGGGGUCGAAAGUACCACAUUUUGCAUUCUGCAAAUAUUGAAUUCUUAUGUCUUAAAAAUUAUAAACCUUUAAAAAGUUUAUAAGAACGUUUUUUAUUCGGAAUGGCACAACAAAUUAAAGAAAACUUUGCCCGGAGCGGAAAAAACAAUUUUGGAAAUUUAUUUAAAAAUAUCGUUUUUGUGGACUUUUUCUAAUGAUGAUGAUGAUUCCAAAAACAGUAUCGAAAAACGAUAAUUUAGUGUUGCCAAAGUUCCUUAAUAUUCUUCAAACAUUCGUUGACAGAAUCCCGAAGUAUUUUAGGUAGUAUUGUUAUUGCAAACUUUUGUUUUUUAUUAUUCGUAUCUUGUUGCUUAAUUAACGAUUAAAAAACCAAGAUUUGCAUUAAAUAUUCCUCCUAAAUUGUAUUCGAAGAAUAUUCAGAAACUUCCGCAACAUUAAAAUUUUCGUUUUUUAUAGUGUUUUUUCGGGGUUGAAAGUACCGCAUUUUGCAUUCUGUAAAUAUUGAAUUCUUAUGUCUCAAAAAUUAUAAACCUUUAAAAAGUUUAUAAGAACGUUUUUUAUUCGGAAUGGCUCAACAAAUUAAAGAAAACUUUGUCCGGAGCGAAAAAAACAAUUUUGGAAAUUUAUUUAAAAAUAUCGUUUUUGUGGACUUUUUCUAAUGAUGAUGAUUCCAAAAACAGUAUCGAAAAACGAUAAUUUAGUGUUGCCAAAGUUCCUUAAUAUUCUUCAAACAUUCGUUAACAGAAUCCCGAAGUAUUUUAGGGAGUAUUGUUAUUGCAAACUUUUGUUUUUUAUUAUUCGUAUCUUGUUGCUUAAUUAACGAUUAAAAAACCAAGAUUUGCAUUAAAUAUUCCUCCUAAAUUGUAUUCGAAGAAUAUUUAGAAACUUCGGCAACAUUAACAUUUUCGUUUUUUAUAGUGUUUUUUCUGGGUCGAAAGUACCACAUUUUGCAUUCCGCAAAUAAUGAAUUAUGUCUUAAAAAUUAUAAACCUUUAAAAAGUUUAUAAGAACGUUUUUUAUUCGGAAUGGCACAACAAAUUAAAGAAAACUUUGCCCGGAACUAAAAAAACAAUUUUGGAAAUUUAUUUAUAAAUAAAUCGUUUUUGUGGACUUUUUCUAAUGAUGAUGAUUCCAAAAACAGUAUGGAAAAACGAUAAUUUAGUGUUGCCAAAGUUCCUUAAUAUUUUUCAAACAUUCGUUAACAGAAUCCCGAAGUAUUUUAGGGAGUAUUGUUAUUGCAAACUUUUGUUUUUUAUUAUUCGUAUCUUGUUGCUUAAUUAACGAUUAAAAAACCAAGAUUUGCAUUAAAUAUUCCCCCUAAAUUGUAUUCGAAGAAUAAUUAGAAACUUUGGCCACAUUAAAAUUUUUUUAUAUAUUGUUUUUUCGUCAUAUCUUGAUGACACCUCCCCGUAUUACAGAAAAUAAAAAAAAAGGUUAAGAAAAACGUUACACUUUUUUAGGAAAACAAUCUAAUGAUGACCUUCAAAAUAACGUUCAAGAUCAUUUAAAGGUCGAGAUGAAAUUUUUAAAUGGAAUCAUACUUUUUUGACCUCACCAAGGAAGAGCGAAAAUGAUAUUGAAAUUGACCUUGACCUUGAAAGGUUAUCUUGGAAACUUAACAUGAAAUCGUAAUUUAGAGGCGGUAUUUCCGCCAUUAAAAAUUUUAAAGCUGACCUUCAAUGUGUUUGAAGUUCAUAGUCACGGCCAAGAUUCUAAAUAAUUGUUCUCUCAAAGUCCUGAAACUUUUGUCGUGAUAAUUUUUUUGUUGAAGCAGUAUUUUCGGAGAUGGAGGGGGUGCGUUAAAUUUUUAAACACCCUGUAUAAUGUGAUUGAUAAGUGAUUCAUCUUGUACGUUUAAGUUUGUACAACUGCAAUAUGUAUUAACAAAAACGUAGUAACAUAGUUGUUCGUGUAAAUAUCUAAGACUCACACUAUUUCUCAAUUUUCUACUUUCCAUAUAAACGGUGGUCCAAAAAUUGAGACUUAAAAGCUCCCAAUUAGUGAAUACUUCGGAUUUAAAUGAAACGGAAAACUAAUAAUGAAACAGUUUUUGGAUCACACGUUUUUUUCAGUGUAUAUCAUCGUUACAAGCACAAAUCAUGACAUAUUGAACAGAAAACACAUGUUAUUAUCAGGGAGAUUCUACACAUAUUACCGAAAAAAACACGAUCUUUGCAGCUGUUUGAAAAAAUAUUCUGAUUUUUUUUGCAUCUGCCUUUAACGAAUCUUCCUGGCUCAAAAUUACAUCAGAAAUUUGUUAGGUUUGAACAAAAAAAUGUUCGCUUCGGGCGUUUGUUUAGGUACCUUGUGUCAUUUUAAACAAAAAAGGGCCUUAUGGACUUUUCUCUAGAGUUGAUAAUUUUCAAGACACAAGCGACUUAGUAUUUGACAAAGUUUCAGUCCCAAAAACAAUAUAAAAAAAUGAUAAUUUUGAUGUCGCCAAAGUACCUAGUAGGUAUUCUUCAAACAUUCCUUAACCAAAUCCCGAAAUAUUUAAGGGGGUAUUGUUAUUGCAAACUUUUGUUUCUUAAUUAUUCUUCGUAUCUUAGCGAUUAAAGGUUUGUAUUAAAAAUUCCUCCCAAGUUUGUUGCGGGGUAUUUGACGAACAUUUAGGAAUUUUGACAUUAAAAUUUUUCGAGGUCGAAAGUACCACAUUUUGCAUUUUUUAAAUAUUGAAUUCUGAUAUCUUAAAAACCAUAAACCUCAAAAAAGUCCAUAAGAACUUUUCUUGUUCCGAAUGCCACAAAAAAACAACGAAAACUUUGCCUGGGGCAAAUUUUGAAAAUUUGUUUAAAAAUAUCGUUUUCGUGGAGUUUUCUCUAGAGUUGAUAGUUUUCAAGAUAUAACCAAUUUAAUAUGUGACAAAGUAAAAAACGUAAUUUCGGUUCCCAAAAACAGUAUGAAAAAUGAUAAUUUUAAUGCUGCCAAAUUCCUAAAUAUCGUUUAACAAAGUCCCGAAACAUUUCAGUUUUCUUUAGAAACAAUUAAAAAACAAGCAUUUGCCUUAAAAAUUCUUCCUAAAUUGUUUUGAGAGUUUAUUGACGGGCAUUUGAAGAAUAUUUAGGAUCUUUGGUAACAUUAAAAUUUUCGUUUUUUAUAUUGUUUUUGGGGUCAAAACUACCACAUUUUGCAUUUUUCAAAUAUUGAGUACUUAUAUCUUGAAAACUAUAAACCUUAAAAAAAUUUCAUAAGAACCUUUUUUGUUCGUAAUGACCAAAAACAAAGAAAACUUGUCCUGGGGCGAAAAAACAAUUUUAAAAAUUUGUAUAAAAAAUCGUUACAAUUUUUUUAGGCCAUGAUUUUUCAAUCAGAAUAUUUUUCCAUGUUUGGAACUUAAUUCUAAAAAACUUCUUUUCUGACAGCAGUCUCUCCCUGAUGCUGGGUUUCUCCCAGAUCAAAAAUGGUGGAUGUAAAUUUAUAUACAGGGUGUGCCGUACAGCACGGAACAUUAGAUAAACUAGUCAACCCAAUUUAUGCGUCGUAUGUCAUAAUUCGGUUAUAAAAUGCACGUUGCUCGUGUUGGAUUCGGCUUGCUCUGUAAUCAAUCAAAACGGAAAGAUGUAGCUUGGUUAAAUUCAAGCACUAUCUGACCAUAUGGAAGGUUUGUCACGUCAUAUCCACUUAUUACUUUCUAGAACUUACAUGUUUGUAAUCAGUUUCAUAGUUUUUAUCAAUGGGACAGUCGUGCUGAUUUUUCAAGGGCCAAUUUGAUCACAGUUGAUUAUUUCCUGAAGUACUGAAAAUUUCACCUCUCUUUUUUCACUAGCACAAAUUAUAUGAUCACAAAAAAACAGGCAUCCAAAUUGAAGAAAACUCUGUAAUAAUUUAAAAAAUCAACAGUGAAAAAAAUGGUUUAUUUAUUAAACCUAUAUCGGCCGACGUUUUGACACCAUUAUUGAUUUUGUUGAUCACUGUCUUUUGCAUUUAUUUCUCUGACAAACUAAAAGCAAAACACUUAUUUUUAAGUACCU